CUCUAUGUCUACGAGUCGACAGGCUUAGCAUUCAUCGAUCCCUUCAAGGGCAAUGGAAACUCAACGGAGAGUGCCACAAAAUGGGUUGAAGAGUUAUCACCCCUUGUCACUCCGGUCAUGUGUCACUCCCACAACGACUACGUACGACGCCAUCCGUUGUUUUCGGCGCUUUCAGUGGGCUGCGCGAGUGUCGAGGCAGAUGUAUGGCUCAGCAAAGAUGGGAAAGACCUCCUGGUCGCUCAUCAUCGGUGGGGACUUUCGUCGAAAAAGACCCUCCGCUCUCUUUACAUCGAUCCUCUUUUACAGAUUUUGGACUCCAUAAAUACGCCAACGUCGCAGAACAACCCCGUCUUCGAUGGUCAUCCUUCAGGUGUCUUCUCAACUCACCCAAAUACGACACUGAUAUUAUUCAUUGAUGUCAAGGACGAUCCGGCGAAAACAUGGCCGGUGGUUCUCGAGCAGCUGACACCUCUACGGGAUCAUGAAUACCUGUCUCGGCACGAGAAAAUACCCUCAGCGACGACAAACCAAUCUUUUUGGCCUGGCCCUAUAACUGUUGUGGGAACGGGAAACAUCGUCAAUCGCCGCGACGUAAAUAUCGGCGCAGACCCAGAGCGAUGGCACCAAUAUCACGACGUUUUUCUCGACGCCUUUCUCGACUUGCUAGACAAGCCUGGUUUCUGUCAGACAAACGAUAGCUUAUGUCUGGACGUACAAGAAAACGAGUUCUACACGGCCUCGGUGUCUUUCUGGAGGGCCAUCGGUACUGUGAUAACCGGGUUUAGCGCGUUACAGCUCAAGACACUGCGACACCAAAUCCACACCGCUAAGAAACUGGGUCUGAAGUCAAGGUAUUGGGAGUUGCCCAGUUGGCCGAUAUCUUACAGAGACUACGUGUGGGGUGUGAUUGAUCGAGAGGGUAUCGAUCUCUUGAAUGCCGACGAUGUUUAUAGCGCAGCAACGAGACAUUGGGAGACAGGCCAUCCAAGGGACAUGGUAUGGAUGUGCGGUACGGCAUCUUUUCUCUUGAGCUUUUCGCUCACUAUAUUCUGGUUUGGGGGGAGGUUGUUACGUCGAGCACUAGCUAUGAGAUAG